UCCAACACAAUGUUUUUACAACAACCAGCCCACACAUUGGUUCUCUCUAAAAACAAAACAACCAUGACGAUGCGUGUCCUUUGCUUUUUAGUGUUCCUGGCUGCAAUGCAAGGAACAACAGAAGCAGUGGAAUACAGUUUCAGCAACAACGCGCUCUCAACCCCCGGUGGCGUGCGUUUCCGUGACGAAAUAGGAGAAGAAUACGCGAAGCAAACGCUGGAAUCAGCCAGCCAAUUCAUAUGGGGGAUCUUCCAGCAAAACGGUCCUGGUGAUAGAAAAAGCGUGGAGAAGGUGAGCUUAUUCGUGGAUGACAUGGACGGGGUUGCGUAUACUUCGAACAAUGAGAUUCAUGUGAGUGGAAGGUACGUAAAUGGGUAUAGUGGGGAUGUGAGAAUAGAAAUCACAGGGGUGUUAUACCAUGAAAUGGUUCAUGUUUGGCAGUGGGAUGGGAAUGGUGAGGGUCCCGGUGGAUUAAUUGAAGGAAUUGCAGACUAUGUAAGGCUGAAGGCAAACUAUGCACCUAGUCACUGGAGAAAAGCAGGGGAGGGGCAAAAAUGGGACCAGGGUUAUGAUGUUACUGCUCGUUUUCUUGACUAUUGUGAGAGUCUGAAAAGUGGGUUUGUGGCACAACUGAACCAGAAGAUGAAAACUGCUUAUAGUGAUCAAUUCUUUGUUGAUCUAUUGGGAAAGUCAGUGGAUCAGCUUUGGAAAGAUUAUAAGGAUAAGUAUGGGAAUCUACCCUAGUUCCACGUCUCUUUAACAACUUUUUUUUUCGACAAUUUUUUAUAACGUAUACGUGACAGUUUGUGAUUGGUCCGUUUCAAAUAUUAUUUUAGAAUAAAUUUAAACAGACCAAUAAAAUUGUAACACGUAUCCUGUUAUCAAAAAAUUGUUAAAAAAUAAUUGUUAAAAUAUCAUUGUCCCCUUAAAAAAUAAGCGACUCUCUCCAUCAUUUUCUAUCUUCACUUGUAACUUACAUAUUGCAAUCGAUUCUCAGGAGAAUAAACAUUUACGAGAUAUAAAUCAUUAUCAGCUAUUCUAUCCUUGAUU